UCAUCAGAUUAAUCACCAUUACAAAGCAUUAAACCAUAUUGUUUCCAAACAAACAGUACAUUAAUUAUCUGAUAGUCCAAUGGAUUCUUCACAGAAGAGCGGAGAAAUGGCGAUUAAUAUUAAUGAAACAAAAUCCGCAGAGAUAAAACCUUCCAAAUCAAAAUCCGGCAAAGGGAAAGCUGCUGCUCUCGGUCCUCCUAUCAUCGUAGCUGCAACAAAAGCCACCAGUGAUCCGAAAGGCGGGUGGAAAAGAGGCGUGGGGAUCUUCGACUUCGUGUUGAGAUUGGCUGCCAUUGGUGCAGCUUUAGCUGCAACUGCUACUAUGGGAACCACUGAUCAGACUCUCCCGUUCUUCACUCAGUUCCUUCAGUUUCAAGCUAGCUAUGAUGACCUCCCCGCUUUCACGUAUUUCGUUAUUGCAAACGGGGUAGCUAGCGCAUACCUAGUUCUCUCACUGCCGUUCUCCAUUGUUUGCAUCGUUCGUCCACAUGUAGUAGGAGCAAGGCUUCUCCUUCUGAUCUUAGACACUGUGAUGGUAGCUCUGACCACAUCUGGUGCUGCAGCUGCUGCUUCCAUAGUUUAUUUGGCACACAAUGGGAAUCCGAACACAAACUGGAACGCGAUAUGUCAGCAGUUCAAUGACUUCUGUCAGAGGGUGAGUGGAGCAGUGGUGGCAUCCUUCAUCACAGCUCUCAUCUUCGUGUUUCUUGUUGUCUUGUCUGCAGUGGCUCUUCGAAGAAACUGAUCAUUUCUAUAUUGUGUUAGUAGUGGCUAUAUACUUUCAUUUACUUCAAGAGUUUAUUAGAACUACAUUUACUGUGUGAAUGCUGUUGUUUUGGUGUCAUGUAAUUGAGAUGUAUUUCGAGUGGGAAUUGUUGCCUUGCUUCAUUGAUUUUAUGUUCACAUAUAGGUUUGAAUAUUGCAACUCAUAUUACAUAGUUGUCACAUGAUAGAUGAAUUGCACGAAAAUACUCCAUUUCUCGUUUUA